AUGGGUUUCUUCGUUCAAGAUCUGCACAGACAAAUUGAGCAACUCUAUUCGCAGACGCACGAAAAAACAAAACAGAUACUUUAUCGAGGUCAAGGCAUUUCAAAGAUAGAGUUUGAGAAGGUUAAGCAAAGUCAAGGUGGACUUUGGGCAUUCAACAACUUUUUGUCAACAAGUACCGAUCGAGAUGUGUCCUUAGCUUUUGCAGAAAGUGUUGAAAGCGAUCCUGAUCUGAUUGGAAUCCUCUUCCAAAUGGAAAUCGAUCCAUUCGUCUCAUCGACUGUCUUUGGUUCAUUGAAUGGCACCGCCUAUUAUUCGGAAGAAAAUGAAAUUCUUUUUUCGAUGCACACUGUCUUUCGCAUUGGUGAGAUAGUGCAGAUCAAUGAUCAACUAUGGCAAGUGAAUCUCGCAUUGACCAAUGAUAAUGAUGAACAGUUGAAAAGCCUCACUGAUUAUGUACGAGCGGAAUUUGCAAAUGAUUUCAAACAUCACCAACUUGGUAUGUUAUUGAGAAGAAUAGAUAAGCUCGAUCAAGCCGAAGAGUUCUUCAAAGGAAUACUUGAAUCGACAGUGGUGAAGAGCCUCGAGGAAAUUGCUGAUCUCCAUGCGCAAUUGGGAGGUAUAAAACAUUCACAAGAAGAUUCUUUGGAGGCACUGGCACAUUUUCAAUCAGCUCUCAACAUCAGAGAAAAAGUCCUCAAACCGACAGAUCUCGCGUUAGCUAAGACGUACAGCAGCAUUGGUUCAACUUAUUGUUUGAUGGCAAAUUACACAAGUGCACUUGCAUAUCAUGAAAAGGCACUCAAAAUUCGUGAAGAAGUUUUGCCACCCAUCCAUUCAGAUCUAGGUAUUGCGUACACUAAUCUUGGUGUAGUGCACCAUCGCAUUGGAGACUACCAGACUGCCCUCUCAUACUCUGAGAAGGCACUUGACAUUAAAGAAAAAACCCUUCCACUUAACCAUCCUUCUCUUGCCAUAACCUAUCACAAUAUUGGUCGUUUACACGAAUUAAUGAAAGAUCAUUUCAUGGCACUCGCGUAUUAUGAAAAGACUCUAAUGAUUGAAGAAAAAUCUCUUCCACCUACGCAUUCUUCUCUUGGUACGACUUACAGCAACAUCGGUGCAGUUUAUUUAACGUUGGAAAACUACUCCGAUGCUCUCUUAUAUUUUGAAAAGGCUCUCAACAAUUAUCAAAAUUCUUUGCUACCCAAUCAUCCGAAUUUAGCUGCGACCUACAAUAAUAUGGGUACAUUAUACAAAUCGAUGAAGAACUACUCAACUGCAUUGUUACAUCACGACAAAGCACUUGAAAUUCAACUAACAUCCCUGCCAUCUAAUCAUCCUACUUUUGCCAAAACCUUUUUUUACAUUGGUGAAGUGUAUUAUUCUAUGGAAAACUAUUCCACUGCGCUCCUCUAUUAUGCAAAAGCGUUCGAGAUUCAAGCAAAAUCUCUUCCAUCGUCACAUCCUAAUUUCGCUUUGUUCUUCGAUAAGAUAAAACUUGUGCGAAGAACCCUUGGCUUUCGAGAAGAAACUAUCACGUGUGUUGAAUGA